UUUGAGGCAUUCAGAUUUCCUGUUUGGCACAUUUAAAUUUUUGUUUCAUUAACUUUUUUUUCUUGUUUUUGGUCACUCCGAAAAGCACGUCUCUGCUCAUUGUUAAUUUUGCUGUUAGAAUUUGAUUUGUCGAACAAUUGAUAGUUUAAUAAAAAUGAAUAUUGCAGUGAUUAUUUAAUUAAUCAAUAUGUGAAUUGAAGUUGUACGCUGAGAUGGGGAUACGACUCACAUGGUUUUAAUUAAAAAAGUGUAACAUAUUCGGUUGAUUUAAUUAAAAAAAAGAAUUUAAGAGAUUUUAUUAUAUAUAUUUUUUUUUGUAUCGUGAAUUGGAAAGUGAAUAUCGACAGAGGUGUGAUGAGCAUUGAGUUUGCAUUUCAAUGAACAAUUAGUUGAAUAGCUCAAUAUAAUAAUAAAAAACAAGUGCAAUUGAAAAUUUGCAUGUAGAACCUUUUGUGUCACCAAAAAAAAAGAGCAGCCUUAAUUCUCAAAAAAAACAUAAAAGGUUAUUCAGGAUUAAAAAAAAAAUAUAUAUCACAUCAAAUCAUCAGACAAUGAAAUUCCCUCGAAUAUAAUAAUAGUGACAUAGAUUUAAUCACCGCCAUCGACCGGCGCAAACGUGUGUGCAUUCAUUUAUUGAACCUUCACAACAUUUGUGAUUUUAAUUGAUGAAUUUUUUUUUUUUGCUCAUAUGCUCACCCAUUCGUAUGUUUAAACUGCUCUCCAGUGAAUACGGCAUUGAAAAAGUGAAAAAUAUUCAAUUGACAAAAAUGAAAUGAUGAAAAAGGAUUGAGCAUGAUAAAAAAAUUGUGUUAGUGAGAGAGAAAAAAUAUUCACAAAAAGGACAUAAAUUGAUGGUGAAAAAUUCUAUUUGAUUAAAAAAAAAAGCUACAAAAAUUUUUUAGAGCACUUGAAAAAAAUUGAAUUAAUUUGCGCCCUCAAUCUACCUUUGCAUAACUAAUAGCUUCACAAACGAACUUGCACGAGGACAUAAAUUUUCCACAUAUAUAGUGAUUUGUGUUCCUACUUGCAUAAUAGAGCAAGAAUAGCAAUUCAAUUUAAAAUUCAAAUCUCUAUAUCACAAAAAAGCUCUGUGCAGUUCACAACAACAACAGCUAUAGCAAUGGACACAAAUUUUGAGGAUCAAAUGUUUUCCGAAUUUCCAACAGAAGGUUUAAUGCAUCAUUCUUUGAAUCCGCCACAUAGCACUUCACAUCAUCAUCAUCAUCAUCACCAUCAUCCGCAAACAAUUAUGAUUCGUGACACAAAUGGAAACAUAAAUCAACAGCAUCAACGAUUACCGGAUGUACAUCAAAUUCUUCCUGGUAAUUCACCAAAAAUGGAUCAUUAUAAAACUACAACGACAUCGACACUCGAUUAUAGUCAUGUUAAAAUGGAAUCACCAUAUUCGCCGAAUGGUAAAAUUGAAUAUAUCAAUGGUACGGGUGGAAUUGCCAAAUUAGAAUCAUAUUCACCAAGCUCAGGUGUACAUAAAUUGGAAUAUGUUACAUCAAAUGGUGGACAAUAUUCUCCAAAUUCAAAAAUAAUUGAAUAUACGACGGUACCAACGGCAUCACAGCAGCACAAUAUCGAACAUAUUCAGAUAUUUCAACAGCCACAAUCUCUUGAUGGAAAUCAACAGAACAUUAUCAAUGGAACAGAUGGAAAUUUUAAGAGAAAAUCAAACGAGAGUUUAAAUAAUGGCUCGCCAACACCGACAACAAUCAACAGCGUCUCACCGAGUGAUGGAACGUCAUCGAUAUCGCCUAAUAAGAAGCCCGUCGAUAAAAAGAAAAACGAUCAAAAUGGUGUGAAAAAGAAGAAAACAAGAACUACAUUUACAGCAUAUCAGCUUGAAGAACUGGAGAGAGCUUUUGAACGAGCGCCUUAUCCUGAUGUAUUUGCACGAGAAGAAUUAGCACUUAAACUUAAUUUGAGUGAGAGUCGAGUCCAAGUGUGGUUUCAGAACCGACGUGCAAAAUGGAGGAAAAGAGAACCGCCACGAAAAGGUUUCAUUAACGGCAACAAUAAUUCAGCAACUCCAAUUACAGGACCUGCAAUUCAUGCGGCUCAAUCAUUUCCAACUUAUCAACAACAGCCAACCACAGUUACACCACCUAGUUCUGUGGAUAGUUGGAACAGUUAUCAACCGUACGAUCCACAUUAUGGAACUCUUUUAUCGCCAGCAUCAUCACCGUAUGGUACUUUUACACAUCAAUAUACCCCGUACGAUAAUCAAAUGUUUACUACUAUACGAUCUUACGACUAUGGCUCGCCAUCACGAACAAAUGGUAUUUUAGUUGAUACCUCCACAGACGCACAUCACAAAACUGAUUACUCAUCAAUUGAAGAUGGAAGUGACGCCGUAAAUGGUGCAACAAAAUAUUUGGACGACGAUACAAAGUAUCUUCAUCCGAUGAGCAGCAAUUUAGAAGACAAUAAAUUCACAUCGCCUGUCAUGGUUGUUGAUGAUCAAUCAAUCAUGAAAUCAUCGCCCAACUCACAACCCACUUUAUCUCAACUUACGACAGCGAAUUGUCAUAUUGAAGAUGGAAAUUCAGUUAUUAAGAAUGAAGAAGUAUCGACGAAUUUCGUAUUGAAUGCCUACAUGCAUUAGUUUUUUUUUUUAUACAUUCUAAGUUUAAAGUUGUAAACUUUUUUAUUUUUAUCUGCCUUUAUUUUAGGGGGGGGGGGGGGUUUAAGUUAUGGGAGUCGUUCAUAAAUGAUGUCCUUCAAAUUUUGGACAUUAGAAAUGGAUGAAUCUAAAGAUUAAAUGACUUUUAAAAUUCUCUCGCAAAUCAUAUAAAUUGUGAAUCUAACGCCAUUAUGCAGUCAUCUAUUAUACUUAAAACAUUUAAGCUAUGCAGGGCGUUUAACUCUGCAAAGGAAGGCGAAUGACAUUUUGAUUUUUACUUUUUAUUACCCAAUUCAUUUGAAUAUUAUUUUUAAAAAAGUUCUCGUCUGUACAUUAUUGUUUGUUAAACGACACAGAGCAACAAAAUCAAAAAAGUCUUACCAAAAACAUUUUGUUUAUAUUUUAUUAUUAUUACGUUGGAUAUAAGAUAACUUAUAAGUUAAAUUAAUUAAUUUUUUUUUAAAAUGAAUGUAAUUAUCAAUUAUUUUUGCAUUCCAAGUGCCUUAAAAAUACUUUUUUUUGUCUGUAACCUUUUUCGUUUUAAUAGAAUUGUACAUUUUGAAAAAGGAAUUAUGUCGAUUCGGUGCAAUUUUUUUUAUAAAAUUUUUAUGUCUAAAUUUGUUUAACUCUAAGAAAAUCUACUUGCUCGAGCAUAUCCAAAGAAAUUAAUGUUAAGUGAAUUUUUAAAUAGUUUUUUGAAUCAACAAAAAGUGCUUGAAUAAAUUUUAAGAUUUAUUAUUAAACAAACUAUUUAGUCAAGUUAUUUACAGGAAGCAUUUAAACAGCGACUCGUGAUGAAUUUUCUUCCCACUUUUACUAAGCAAUGAAGUUUUUGGAAUGUCUUCAUCACUAUUAACAAGCUGCAGUUUAUUUUGAGGUGAAUUUCUAAGCCAUUCAUUAAGAAUUUGGUUUGAGUCAAUUAGUGGCUUCGUGUGAUUCACAGAAUUUGUUGUAGUCUCAUCCUCAACAUUCAUUCUACUUUUAAUGAAUUGACUGCCAAUAAAAUCGUCUUUAAUGGAACUAUUGAUCUGUUCAAUAUUCUGGUUCUCUUUUGAUACCUCAUGUUGUGUGAAUAUGCUAUUUAAAUCACUACAAGGCACUACAGAUGAGAUUGCUUUAAUGGAAAAGCCAUUAACAGGUUGCCGAAUUUCAGCCACAGAAUUUAAUUGAUUUUUUGAUGAAUGACCCGAUUUUUCGCUGUUUAUAAAAGACUCAUUAAUUUGUUGUUUGCAGUUCUGUUCCUUAGUAUUUCCGGGACGUGUCAUAAGGACAUACAAUAUCUGAUUAAAACUGGUUUGGUCUUUUUCAGGCUUUUUAUGUUGCUUCACUUUAUUGGCUUUAUCUGCUGGAUUAAACCUAAGAAAGUGCUGCCAAAUUGAUUUCAGCAAUACUGCAUCCUUCCUUAACAUUGGUUUGAUCAUUUCCCAUGAAAGAUUCUCUGCUAUCUCGUCAGGAUCCAGUUCCUUUACUCUAAUUUCUGAUAAAAGAUUGAAUUACUUGCGAAAUAGAUGUUAACUUAAUUAUAAAGAUUACCAUUAAUCUUCUGUGCUUUUACUUUGGAUUUUACAAUACAAUUAUCAAGCGUUUCAUGGCUGACUUUUGCUGAAUCUUUUACUGUCGUUGUUUCAAUCUCAAAGUUCUCGUCUUCAUCUGAUAAUGGUGUAUACAGCUUUCUUUUCUUCGAUUUUGGCAUUUGAAAAUUGUAUUGUUGAAGCAUUUUCCUCUAAUUAAUCCUUUCUAUCUUUACAAUCGUUUGUUUUGAUUGAUGUAGAAAUAAAUCCAGGAUUAAUUUUUUAAUCCACCACGUGUCA